AUGAUCCUAACGCGCCAUAUAUGCCGUAUAGGCCCCGACUAUCACAUCACCCACACCAACCCUUCGGGUCACAUCGUCGGCGCAGACGAGGUCAAGAACCCCUGGAACAGGGUUAUCGACAGCCCCUACCCGCUUGAACCCUGCCCGCUCUGCCAUGAUUCAAGCAACCGUGUAGAUGUUGUGGUCAUUCCCGGUGUCCACGCUCUCAAGCAGCCUGAAGAAAGAACACCCACUUUCAACCCCUCCGCCGCCCCCUUCAACCCCUCUACUGCCCCCUUCAACCCCUCUACUGCCCCCUUCACCCCCUCCCGCGCCCUCGUGCCCCGCGGCUUCUUUGACGGAAUUGCUGGUGGAAUCGCUGGUGGAAUCGCUGGUGGAAUCGCUGGUACUGUAGCUCCGCGUCCAGUCCCUACCGCACCACGGGCUCUAGUUGCAGUCCCUCACAAGGCCGGAAAGGCUUGCCCGGAAGCCCAUUCUGAGUGCCAUUGGCAUCACUCACAGUGGUGCCAUGAAAGGUUCUAUACCUGUGCAAAAGCUCUUAGAGCAAUCAAAGCAGCGGCAAUGAACCACUCCGGUUAUACUGGCGCUGUCGAGGGGUGGAAUGCGAUGCAUGCCAAGUGCGUCCGAUCGGAGGACCCAGAGCCUUGCGACCUGCACAGCAACAUCCAUGCUGAUGUAUACGGUCACGACAUUGCUCGUUAA